GGAUUAAAAUCUUUUUUGGGUAGUUUAUUUCUUCCGUGCACCCACACAAGGUGUCAAAAACUGAAGUCAGAAACUUUGUUUUUGAAUGAAAAACUUUGUUGUCGGAUUUUGUGUAAUCUAUUGAAUCAUAAUAAAUAUAGACGAAUAGCAGUGAAAAACCCUUGGUUCGUCAAACCAAAACAAGGACGUAGUAGGAUAAAAUGGACCCAAUUAUCGAUUGGCAGAUAUCACGCCAUGACAUCAAAUCCCGAGGCCAGUACCUGCUGGAAACCGGCAAGUGGGCCGAUUGUCAUUUCCUGGUCGGUCAGGAACCGAAUCAUCAGAUGCUAGCCGGGCACAAGCUGAUUCUCGCCAUGGCUUCGCCCGUGUUUGAGGCCAUGUUUUACGGGGGGCUAGCGGAGAAGAACGAUCCGAUACCGAUACUGGAUAUUGAUCCAUCAGCGUUCAAAUCGUUGUUAGAAUAUAUCUACACCGAUAAGAUAAAUAUAAAUUCCGUCGACAGAGCUUGCGAAUUAUGCUACGGAGCAAAGAAGUACAUGCUGCCGCAUGUCGUUGAGCAGUGCAUUACUUUCCUAUGGUCGGAUCUUUGUCCCAAGAACGUAUGCCGUGCCUACGAAUUUGCCAAACUAUUCGAGGAACCACGCUUGAUGGAAAAAUGCUUACAAAUAAUGUGCACAAAAACCAUUGACGUGAUCCAGGAUUCAAGUUUCGAAGAUGUCGAACUAAGCACGAUUAUCACGAUUCUGGAUCAGGAUGUAUUGAACAUCGAUUCCGAACUGAACCUAUUCUGGGCUAUCAACAAGUACGCCGAAAAGCACGGACUUUGCGCAAGCCGUAACCCAGAAUCUAAUCCUUCGAGCAACGGUCAGGAUCAAGUAUGUUUUCCACAAUCUUCCCUUACGGUUUAAGCAGGUCCUUCGAAUGUCCAACGGGCUGGAGGGAAUCAAAAUAUACCUAACGGAAAUAACGACCAGCAAACCGCUCCUAUCCCACUGGUAAACACUGGUCGGCAACAGGAACUACCCACUAUUCGUGAUGCCAUUCGACGAAUCCGGUUCCUUUCACUGAACCCGCAGCAAUUCGCUGAAGGACCGGCUCGUACUAACUUAUUAACGCAAUCGGAAGCAUUUGCCAUCUUGAUGAACAUUUCAACGUCCAACAGUUGCUAUCCAAUGCCGGAGGGUUUUACCACCAACAAGAAUCCAAGAAACGCAUUUUCCGAUUCAACACCGGCAAGCCCGAUGGCCGGACCGAGCACCAAUGUCCCUACAAUGGGUCACCGCCCUGGAACAUCUGGUGGUCCGAGUGGAAUGUUCCCACAACAUGUUCCCCCGCCACAGCCAGCCCCAUUGCCAUCGCAAAACGUCCCAGCUCCUGCUCCGGCUCCUGUUCUAGCGGCACACCCUGCUACCCCACCGGAUCCAGAUUUUUUCCCAGACUAUCUCGAUGAAUUACGCAGCAACGAUCCGAAUUAUGAUCGCAAAUAUUAUUGCCGUCGAAUCAUACGCCAACAGACGGAAUGCUUGAACACUUCGGUUUUGGAUUGCUCUUUGACAUUCAUCGUGGACCGAUCAGUGUGCAUUACAGGAAUUGAAGUCCCGACGCAGGUGCAGAGCUCAACGAUCGUGGGAAAUGACCGCUACUCGGAAUUGCUCUACGCUCACCUCCUCGAUGCCCACGGAUCGCGGCUGACCUAUACGCACUGCAAUCAGCGCGUGCAGUACAAUUCGAUGCUGGAGAUUGCGUUCGAUCGCCCUGUUUUCAUCCAGCGGCAUAAGAUGUACAAGAUCGGCGUUGUGUUCAAUAAGGUCGGAUGGUACCCGGUCAGCCAGUCGGUGGCGAAGGUCAACUGCGAUAACGUUUGCUUCACGUUCUGCGUCGGUUCACCGUCGGAGUCGGUACGCGAUGGGUUGAUCCGCACCAUCGUUUUCACUUACACGCGGGAUGGAAUUGCUUAUCCGUAAAUGGUGGAAUUAUGUGUAAGUAUUAUCUAAAGAUUACUAAUUGUAUUGAACACUUCAUUUUACAUGGACUAGGCUCAGAACUUAUUCAUUCAAUAUUUAAAUCAUAAUCCAAUAUUUGCCUAAAAGUGUUAAUUAUAAUCUUGAAUCUCUUGAAAAAUAUAUUUCAACUAUAUUGUAUUUGCGAUAUUGCUUAGAGUACUUUUACACCAUUUGUGGAAGCAACAUCGACAUGAAUCCCUGGGACUGUUCUAUUCUAUGCAAUUCGCGACUACUGAAAGGAAACGACGGCCAUGUUUCAUGCAUAUUCCGAUUUUGGAGCAACAUCGGGCCAAUUUUUCUGGCUGGUUCACGCUGCAGCACUUGUUUGAUUUUUUGUUUUAAAUUUAGAAAUAGUUUGCGGCAUAAAAAUAUUGGUUCUUUUUAAAAGAAGAUCUUAACAAAAGGUAAAGAAUCGAUUGAGCGAACAAACAAAAAUGACAAAGGUUAGUUCCAAUCUCAGCGUAAUUAUCAAAAUCCACUUUUCUAAUGCCCAUGCCUUUUAUAUUUCCAUUUUUGAUUCAGACCGGAUAUGUAUUUUGAAUAUAACAUGAGCCAAGAGCGUGACUUGGUGUUUUAAGUUAUGAACUUUAAACCCAGUUUUUUUUGUAGAUGCUGGGAAAGGUUCGCAUUAAGCGAUUAUACUUAAAAACAUUAUUUCAUAUAGCAUCACAUUUCCACAAUGUAUGGCAAAUAAACUGUAUCCGUAUAAA